AUGGGAGCUUGCCUGUCGACGCCGGAGAAUUUCGUCGGAGGCGGCAUAAGGUUAUCGAAGAAGAAGUUCAGUAAGCGGAAGAAAGUUCUGAAGCGGCGUGGUUCGUCUUCUUUGUCUGAUCAAUCAAAGUUCGAUCCCUCUGGGAGCACUGAUGAGUCAUGGUAUGAUUCUGCUGCAAUUCUUGAAUCUGAUUGCAGUGAUGAAGAUUUCCGAAGCGUUCUCGAUGAUGUGCUGUCGCUAAACAGCUCUGAUGGUGCCUCCAGGCCAAGCAUUGCUUCUCUCAGAGAUGUUAAUCUUGGAGAUGGUGAGCUGCGUAGAAGCUCAGUGCAUCCAGAAGACAUGGACUUCCGGUCAAGAUUUGAUGGACGUUCUAAUCAAACAAGGCCUGUUUACCUUGAUGAAAUAUCCUCUUCUAUCAAUGACAGUGCUGGAAGGGAGGAUGGUUUAUUAGACUGCGGAAUAGUUCCUGGUAACUGUUUGCCUUUUCUUGCAACUACUGUUCCCUCAGUUGAGAAGAGAAGAUCAUUAAGCUCUAGCCCACCAAGUGCAAGGAAAAAGACUGCACAUAAACUUUCCUUAAAAUUGAAGGACGGACAUCCUAACGCCGCUAUGUUUUCUUCAAAGAAUCAUCUAGAAAGACCGAUAGGUGGUUCCCAAGUACCUUUCUGCCCAGCAGAGAAGAAAGUGUUUGAUUCCUGGUCAUAUGUUGAACCAAGAACUUUCAGAGUACGUGGGAAGAAUUAUUUCAGGGAUAAAAGGAAGGAGCAUGCACCCAAUUAUGCGGCUUAUUACCCAUUUGGUGUUGAUGUCUUUUUAUCUCAACGGAAAAUCGAUCACAUUGCCCGUUUUAUAGAACUUCCUGUUGUUGGUCCAUCAGGAGAACUUCCACCAAUCCUUAUUGUAAAUAUCCAGAUUCCAUUAUAUCCUGCUGCCUUUUUCCAAGGCGAAAUUGAUGGUGAAGGGAUGAGUUACAUUUUGUACUUCAAGCUUUCUGAUAGUUACACUAAGGAAUUUUCAUCCCAAUUUCAAGACAACAUGAGGAGAAUAUUCAAUGACGAGAUAGAAAAAGUCAAAGGGUUCCCCGUAGAUACACUGGUUCCAUUUCGAGAAAGGUUAAAGAUAUUAGGCCGUGUUGUAAAUGUGGACGACCUUCAAUUAAGUGCGCCAGAGAGGAAGAUUAUGCAUGCUUACAACGAAAAGCCCGUACUUUCACGUCCACAACAUGAAUUUUACCAAGGAGAAAACUACUUUGAGAUUGAUUUGGAUAUGCACAGAUUUAGUUACAUUUCCAGGAAAGGAUUCGAAGUGUUCCAGGAAAGACUAAAGAACUGCAUCUUGGAUUUUGGUCUCACAAUUCAGGGAAACAAACAAGAGGAGCUGCCGGAGCAGAUAUUAUGUUGUGUAAGGUUAAACGAAAUCGAUUACAUGAAUUAUCACAUGUUAACGUUAAGUCAAGAUCCCGUAUUGUUUAAUGAAAACUAGUUUAUGACUUGCCC